AGGCACACAGAAGCAGAGGAGGGCAAGGAAAGGCCUGACAAGUGCAUAGAUACAGAACAGGUAGAAAGACUAUGGGUAUAUACGCAACCAGGGCAACCGCGGAGGAGGAGAAGGGAAGCAAUUCUGACCAGGAAGAGCUUGUUUUUCGAAGGACGGGAAGGGGGAGCACCUGUAUUUAUAGCCGUACGCUGCAUAGCCGCCACUAAGGCGGCUGGGACAGCCUAUGACGUAAUCAAUCAAUCAAUCAAUCAA